AACCAAUGAAUAGGAUUUUCAUUUUUCUUUUCUUUUGUUAUCCUUUUCUUUCCCCCAAUUACUUUUUUUUUUUAAACCAUGGCCCCAAUUGCCUUUUAUGAUCUUGUUUUGGACACUCCUAAUGAAAUCUGGAGUCCUAACACGUUAAAGGCUCGUAUUGCAUUGAAUAUCAAGGGUCUUGAUUAUGAAACAAAAUGGCUCGACUUUUUUGGUAUUCAUUCUGAAAUUCCAGAUGUCACGAAUAAUGGUAAACGGCCUACUGUGCCGGUGAUUGUUGAUCCUCAGCAUGAUGACAAGGCUGUACAAGAUUCGUGGGAAAUUGUCAAAUAUUUGGAUAAGACUUACCCAGACACUCCUCCUUUGAUUGUUGGUAACAAUGAAGCCCUUCAAUUUUUCUUUUACAAUUAUUGCAAUACCAAUAUCCUUUUUCCCGUAUUCAAGUUGUGUGUUUUAACCAUCCAAAAAAGAUGCCCCACUACUGCUAUUCAAGAAUGGUUCCGAAAAGAUAGAGAAGCAUUUUUCAAGAUGACUUUGGAAACUUUUGCUGGUGACGAACAAGUACAGAUCGAUGCCAUCAAAUCUGGUUUGGCAUUCAUUCAUACCACUCUCAAGUCAUAUCCUUAUUUAUCCGGUGAAAAAGUUGGAUUCGCUGAUGUGGUCUUGGCCUCUUGUUUUAAGAUGUUAUCUGCUCUCAGAAGUGACCUAUUUGAAGCUACAUUUUUGAAUGCUUAUCCUGAUACUGUGCUGCGCGAUUGGUGGAAUCAAAUGGAAAAGUAUACAAAGGACGCCCCUCCUGCCAAACCUCACUUGUGAAACGUAUAUGAAUGUUUUUCACUAUAGUCAAACUUGUACUUUAGUUAGUUGAUCUUUUCUUCUACAUCCCGACAUCCUCCAAGUAUCAAUAAACAAUCUACUCCUCUAUUAUCUUUGAAACUAU